CGAGACGCGAGUCUCUCGCCUAUGGCUUCUAGAUCCUCGUGGUGGUGAUGAUGGAGAAUUCCAAGAAUUCGAAAUUAAAGUAAGCAAACAUCGUCAUCGUCACUUGUUCGGAUACCCAUACUCAAUUCGAUAAUCACCCAGAGGAGUUCUAAAGAGCAAGUGUGCUUGUGACUCAAAACCCGUAUACAAGAUACUCACUUAGGCAAAAAAAUAAAAUGAGUUUUGCAUGCCUCGUGUGCCAUAGUGUAGAAAGCCCAUCCCACUCAUUUAGAAGCUACUCUGUUUCUAGCUCAGACAACGAGGGAAGAUGCUCUGUGAUUGCGAGCUGCCUCACAAGGAAAUCACUCAUUCAAGCUGCAAGAUCAAACGCUUUCCCUGCAUCAUCCUCAAAGGUAACCCCACAACCCAAUUUCCAAGUAGGUGAAGGAGCCUCACCACGGUUAGUACGAAGCCGUGCAGUUAGAAGAGACAUUGUUAGAGACUGGAACUUCAACGAAAUCGAGACAGAGCUUUAAAUCAGAUCUGACUCUUCUCUUAGGAUAGUAUUAGUUUGUUCAUCAUCUGAUCUUCUUCUUUUUCCUCGUGUUCAAGGUUUUGUAUUUGGCUUAGAAUGCUUUUACAAACAAAUAAUCUAAUAUUUUGUUGGCCGUUUA